AUGAAGAUUCCAAAAACAGUAAUUCUGGUCGCAAUCUUUCUCCAAAACGUUCUAUCCGGACCUUUGGCGGACCAUGGAGAAACAGAAGCGGUGAGCAAAAUCGUGCCUAAUUCCAACUUUCGGAAGUGUGAUGUGUUGGGCGAUAACACCAUCUCACUCUGUCCUUCAAAUCAGACAAACUCUAUAUCUGAGAGCAAUAACAUGAUUUCACGAACAUUCGAAAGCAAAGACAAGAAGUACAAAAUAACAGAGGAAGAACUCUCUGCUGAAGUAAUAAAAAAUUCCUCUUCAUUCACGAAAUUAGGAAAUGAUUCCAUUGCUACUUAUACUUAUAAAAGGACGUUCGAAAAGAAGUUUAUAUUCAACAGAAUACCAGUACCUCAUCCCAAUCAAGGGACAACAACACCACGAACUCCUACCACUCCGAGUGCAGAAACCGUAGUAAGUACAGGUUACGUGACAAGAACUUUAUCAACCAAUGGAGAAACCACAGCAAAGACGGAGAGAGUCACACAUCCACCAAAACCAGAAGUGAACACCGGUUGGACCGAGCGAGUCACACCUUUACCACUUCCAGAAGUAACCAAUGGCAGGACUGAGCGAAUCACACACCCACCACGUCCAGAAGUAACCACCGGCAGAACUGAACGAGUCACACACCCACCACGUCCAGAAGUAACCAAUGGCAGGACUGAGCGAGUCACACACCCACCACGUCCAGAAGUAACCAAUGGCAGGACUGAGCGAGUCACACACCCACCACGUCCAGAAGUAACCAACGGCAGGACUGAGCGAGUAACGUGGCCACCACUUCCAGAAGUAACCAACGGCAGGACUGAGCGAAUCACACACCCACCACGUCCAGAAGUAACCACCGGCAGAACUGAACGAGUCACACACCCACCACGUCCAGAAGUAACCACCGGCAGGACUGAGCGAAUCACACACCCACCACGUCCAGAAGUAACCAACGGCAGGACUGAGCGAGUCACAAACCCACCACUUCCAGAAGUAACCAACGGCAGGACUGAGCGAGUCACACACCCACCACUUCCAGAAGUAACAAUUGGUAGAACUGAGCGAGUCACACACCCACCACUUCCAGAAGUAACCAAUGGCAGGACUGAGCGAGUCACACACCCACCACGUCCAGAAGUAACCAAUGGCAGGACUGAGCGAAUCACACACCCACCACGUCCAGAAGUAACCAAUGGCAGGACUGAGCGAAUCACACACCCACCACGUCCAGAAGUAACCAAUGGCAGGACUGAGCGAGUCACACACCCACCACGUCCAGAAGUAACCAAUGGCAGGACUGAGCGAGUCACACACCCACCACGUCCAGAAGUAACCAAUGGCAGGACUGAGCGAAUCACACACCCACCACUUCCAGAAGUAACCAACGGCAGGACUGAGCGAAUCACACACCCACCACGUCCAGAAGUAACCAACAGCAAAACUGAGCGAGUCACACAGUCAACAGAACCAGAAGGAUUCACGGCUGAGACCAAGAUUGUAACAGAUGCACUAUCAACGGAGGAGAUGCGAGGUAGCACAGAACUCGUCACACAGCCAGAAACUUUUGGAACCACCAAAGUUUACCGUAGUGCGAAUGUAAGCUGUCUAUUUGCUGGAGAUCUUCUUAACUUUGGCAGUGAACAAGAAGCAUACGAGAAGGAAAAGAAGUUUAUGAUUGAAGUCGGUAGAAGGUUAUUCAGUACCACAAAAAAUGCUAAAGCUGUAUCAUGGGCAUACGGUUACACGAGCGGCCCAAAAGGUCUAAAAACUACGUUCACUACGAUGAAGGAUAGCUUUGCUGGCUUUGUGGAAGAUGUCAUGACAAAAAUGAAAUACGAAGAUCUUGAAAAGCCCAAUCUUACAAAUAGCGGGGCAAUUUCAAACCUUAACACCGCCAGUGACAAAGAAAAAAAUGCGAAUUGUUUGGUGUUCUUCUCCGGAUUAAAGAGUGCGAAUAAUUUAAGAAAGACGUUAAAGCUGAAUCCAAAAGGCAUGAACAAUUUCAAGAGAGUUGUCGCUGUUAGCCUGAAUGGCGCUGAUCUGGGUACAUUGGUUGUUCCACCGAAAGGGGAAGCGGUCACCGUUACGGAUCACUAUUCGGAAAAAGACGUUUCAAAAGUUGUCGAUAAAAUUCUUGCCGUUUUCUAA